AUGUCUUUUGAAAAACCAGCAGUCGUAAUAGAUAAUGGUAGCUAUAACAUAAAAGCUGGUUUCGCUUGUGACAAUCACCCUGUGUCCAUAUUCAGAACUGUCGUUGGAAGGCCCGACUAUCUACACGGGAGCUAUGGGAGACAGUCAUAUGACGUGUAUAUUGGGGAUGACGCGGUCUCCAAGAUCGAAGACUUAGAGCUGAACAAGCCAGUGGAGAAAGGCAGAAUUGUUCAUUGGGAUAACAUGGAGCGCAUCUGGCAUCAUGUGUUCUAUAAGGAGUUGAAGGUGGCACCCGAGGAUAGAGCCGUGGUACUGGCCUGUACAACCACAUCACCAAUGGAGGAAAAGAUCAAAUGCUGUGAGAUCUUUUUUGAGACAUUAAAUGUCCCAGCUUUGUGUAUCCAGCCACAGGCCGUUUUGGCCGUCUACGGCUCUGGUUACACGACUGGGAUUUCCGUGGACCUUGGAUAUGAUACUACCGAAGUGACUCCAGUAUAUCAGGGGGGCAGGAUUGAGUACGCUCACACUGAAACGCGUUUGGCUGGCUCUCAGGUGUCUGAGUAUUUGAAGUUGCAAUUAGAAGAACGAGGCAUCGAUUUAGGUGUGAAUACUGCAACGGUGAUCGAGAAUAUUAAAAGGGACUGUCUUUACGUGACCAAAGACGCUUCGAUGUCUCGAAGUGAUUACGAGAAGUACCACAGAACUGCAGAUGGAGAUAUGGUUCACGUUUGUCGGGAAGCGUUCCUGGCUGCAGAAUUGAUCUUCCAGCCCGAUCUGGUGAUGGGUCAGAAGACUGAUUUCCUUCCUUUGCCGGACGCAGUGGUGAACGCUGCGCUUGUCUGCGAUGCGGAGCUGAGACCGGAUUUGUAUGACGCUAUUGUACUUUGUGGUGGAUUAGCGAUGAUUCCAGGUUUACAAGAGAGAUUAGCAAUGGAAGUGGAGAACCUAACUCAAACACCAGUUAACGUCAUAGGAUCUCCUGAAGCAUACGCCGUAGCUUGGCUUGGCGGCGCCACUUUCGCUGGUCUCCCAGACGCCAAGAAAAUGUGGGUCACGAAAAAGCAGUUCGAGGAAUAUGGCGAGAAAAUUGUCAGGAACAAAUUCCUGUGA